AUGUCGGAUAUAUUUUGGAGACGUUGGACUCGAGAAUACUUGCCAUCACUACAACAGAGACAAAAGUGGAACAAGAUUACAGACAGUGAACUUAGCUAUCUUCCAACUAUGCAUUCAAGUGUUUUCUGUGUAUGUUCUGCUGUAAUUGUCACUGUAUCAAUUAAUGGAAAUGCUGUCGAAGACAAAGUAACCCGAUUAGAUUGUACCAUUCAAAAAACUGAUCUUACAAAUACUAAUAUUCCAUUUAUUUCAUGGCAAGAGGUUGUCAAUGGCUCACCUGUGACAAUAGUGCAGUAUCAGAAUGCACCUGGUGCUGUCCAGCCGCCUUAUGAUGAUAGAUUUAGUAUUGAAGGAAAUGACACUAUACUCGCUCUUGUUAUUGAUAAGGCAAACAGAAAAGAUAGUGGCACAUAUAGAUGUGAAGUUCGUAUUGUAGGUGAUGCACUUUCACCAGCAUCUGGUACUGUCACUAUAACUGUUGAUUAUCUUGAACCACCAGGUCCCGUGGAACCAACUGAGAAAUAUGUUUCCCCAAAAGACUUUGCAAUCUUUACAUGUCCUUCACCUGAUGGAGUUCCAACACCUAUCACCAUCACAUGGAUCAAAGAUGGAGGCGUGCUUGAUGUGUCCGAUACUGAGAAGUAUCCACAGUCAGAUACAAUAUUAGAGAUCAGAAAAGUCAAUGAAAAUGAUGAAGGAGACUACCAAUGUAAAGCAGAGAAUGCAGCAUUCAGUGGAGACGAGGGGAAGCUGAGUAAUAACGGAACACUGUCGGUGGCGAAUAUUACUGUAGAACCAUGCCUUCAGAAAAUAUUUGGAAGUGCAAGUUUGGAAUGUGUAACUAACAGUCUUCCAACACCUAUGAUCAUCACAUGGAUCAAAGAUGGCAAUGUACUUAAUGUGUCUGAUACUGAUAAGUAUCCACAGUCAGAAACAACAUUAAUAAUCAGUGAUACCAGAAAAGAGGAUGAAGGAAAAUACCAGUGUAGAGCACAGUAUGCAGUUAACUCUGGAGAUGAACAAACACUACUGAGUAUAAAUGAAGGGAUACUGUUAUAUGGAAAUGUUACUGUUGAACCACGUUCUCUGACUGUUGAGAAAUCUAAUUGUGCAAGUUUCAAAUGUGUAACUAAAAGUCCACCUAUCACCAUCACAUGGUUCAAAGAUGGCAGUACACUUAAUGUGUCUAAUACUAAAAAGUAUCCACUGUCAGAUACAAGAUUAAUAAUCAUUGAUGUCAUAAAAGAGGAUGAAGGAAAAUACCAAUGUGAAGCAGAGUAUCCAGUUAAGUGUGGUAAUGAAAGAAGUAUAAAUGAAGGGAUACUGUUACUUGGAAGUAUCCAUAUUGUUAUCUUUUGGACUGGCGGUAUUCUUGAGUUUGUUAUUGUGGUUCUAUGGAUAGGUCACUGUGUGUACAUCAAAGCUGAUUAUUUUGCUGAUCAUCGUGAGAAACAUCCAAUUACUCAAAGCGGAAACAUUAAAAUUGGUUUUAUUAUUUGUGGAACAAUUGGAGCAUCUAUUAUUCUAGCGGGUAUAAUUGUUGUUGAUUAUUUUUGGGUUAUCAUUAUAUGUGGCUGUAUUGUUCUGACUCCGAGUGGAGGUUAUGUUGUGUACGUCAAAGUUGGUUAUUUUGCUGAUCAUCGUGAAAAACAUCCAUUUGCUCAAAGCGUUCAGAUUAAAAUUGGUUUUAUUAUUUGUGGAACAAUUGGAGCAUGUCUUAUUGUAGUGGGUACAAUUGUUGUUGCGAUUUAGAGAUGUAGAACAACUGAUGUAUGCUGUAUUUGAACUGACCAAGAACGUCAAUGAUGGCAACCAUGAUCUCUGUGGAAGCCGAGACUGAAUAUUCCAGAUGAAUAAAUGUUUUGAAUACAGUGGCCUUAUUAGGUCCAAAAAAAAUUGUGUUGCCCAUCAGACCAAAAAUUUUGAAUGUUUAGGGUUACUUUUUAACUAGGAUGAACCCAAAUUACUUGUGUGAUGAUUGAAUGGCUUUAAUUAAUAAUUUUGAUAUCUAAAUCAUUUAUUUUAGGCCUGUGGUUACUAAUUUACCAACCAAAUUGUAUAGGGUGAGUGAUGUUGACAAUGAACCCUAGAAUUAGGCCUAUGCCAAUAGUAAAAAUAAAUACUGACAAACAGACCUUGAUUCUGAAAUGUCAAUUUGUAAUGGCAACACAACACUUUUUUGGCCUCAUAAUUUGUUUGAUUUUGUUUACAUUUUAAGAAAGUUUACUACUGUUACUAAUGUAGGGUAAGGUAAUUAUACAUAACUAACGUACUAUCAAUAUAUACAUACACGGUGGCGUAGCUAAAGGCAGUGCAGCCAGUGCAAAGCACUGGGCCCAGGG